GUUGAUCUGUCUGCGACUGUCAGGUUCGUGCCAGGCCAUCUUCGGGUUCGAAUUCCACCCGAUCUCACGCCCGGACACUUCAUCCUCAGCUACAGCAUAUACACAUACACGCGCGCUGAGCGACGACUGGGAGGCGAUCCGUUCUUCACCGCCUACUUACGCCACGACCUCGAAGCUUUGCGUUUGUAGCUUCGACCCACUCCAUCCCGAUCCUCAUUGUGCCUGACCGGUGUCGUAGGAGGGAAGAGACCGAGGGACGGUGCCCCUUUAUGAGAGCGAGGGCUGAGACGCAGCACUGAAAAGGGGAUGGAUGGCAUGGAAGCGCCGAUAAACCAGUCUUAAUUGUUGUCUCUGUUGCCCGUCGUCGGAAGGAAUCCCAAGCUCCUUACCUCGCAACGCUCGUGCUCGAGCCGGCGUCAUGAUACAUAUCAAACCUAAUAUCCGUACAUGACAAGUACCUACCUUGAACAGCAGCCACCGUCAUCAGCCUGCUUCCCGAGUCCCGAGAUGUCCCAACCUUACUCACCUACACAGUAGCUACCCUACCGGCUUGGUCUGUGUCUUUAUUCCCUCUCCCUCGCCCGCCUCUUCUUUUUUUCUAUUGUUCCUCGCACCCACCCACAUCCCCAAUUCAUCGUCUUGACGGCCAGACCCAGAGUGAGUCCCUUGCACCACAUUAAGGGGGGAAGGACAAAGAGGAUCGGCACUUGGGCGGCACCACAGAGGCCGACAAGUCGUUUCUAACGAGACCGCCAUCAUCUGCGCGCACCAAGCCACAUUGCGACGUCCGACCUCCAGCCCCCAAAGCUAGCCCCGUCUACGUCCCCGUCUGCGUCCCGCUACGUCCCGCUACGUCCCCCGAGACCUGGUGUCUAUCCACCAGUCGUCUUCCUUCCCUCUUCGUCUAUUCUUCCAGGCCCUCCUGCCAUCUCAUGUUUUUGUUUUUCCCUCUCCCUGCACCUCUAGACGCUUUCGUUGUCCGUCCUGCAGCUGCUUUGCAUAAGACAAGUCGGGAUAGGCCAUCUCACGCACCGAUAGCCUUUUUCGCUUUUCUGGUUUCCUCUCUCUUUUAUGCUCUCUGUGCAGCACCAACUCUAAAUUAUCACACCGUCGACCCCAAUAUCGGCCAAGGUCCGAUGCGAAAUAUCCACCCGGUGCAGAUUUCCACAACUGCCAACCGCAUCCACGAUAAACAAAACAUCCAGUGCCCUACCUGCUCCCCUCCAUCCGACAAGCUUGGUUGGGCCCCACCCGCCAGGUUAAAUCAGCUUUGGUCCUGUCGGCCUGGUAAAUCAGACUGGGUUGUGUCGCAGCGGGUGCCCAUCCCCAUCCCCACCCGGCAAAGCAGAAUCGCAACUUCCGGCCUCGACUACCCUCGUCCGCUUCAUCCACUUUGGGCCACUCUUCCACACGUUAGGCGCCCCAGCUCGCCCGUGACGCUUUUUCUCUCUCUGCCUCUCAUCUUGCGCCCCUCCUCCCGCAUCUCCUGCUCCUGAAUCGCCACCCCCGAGCAAGCAUCACUCACCUUGAUUUGCGCCUUGUUAGCACGCCCUCCUCGUCCAUUCGGCGUUCACCUUCUUCGGCGGGCCCGACUCCAGACUUUAGACCUCAGACUUGUCACUUCCCCUUCAGCGAGGGAAUCGCAACAAGGACGUGGCUCGGCCUGGCUGCGACAUCUCACCCUCGGACGACCAUUGGUUGAGAAUGAGAGAAGACACAGAGACUGACAACAAGAUCUGCCGUUUCCUUGGCUGAGCGGAGCCCUCGCGCCUUGCACGCCGUCAUGCAUCCUCCCCCGCUCCUCGGUGUGGGCGUCGUUGAUCUGCUCGAGUCCGAUCCUCGACCGACCUUCGUCGUGGCGCUUCAAGCUUCGCUCGAGGACCCUGCCCACGCCGAGGUCGUCUACAGCAACCCGGCCCUCGCAAGAAAACCAGCCCUUUCCGACGUCCUCGUGUCUCUCUCGAGCCGCGACCACACGAGGUUCAGGGACUGGAUCACCGCCCAGGACGUCAACCCCUCUCACUCCUUUCAGUACAGCCACCAUCUCUGGACUCGGAACACCGUGCUCUCCAAAUGGGUCGUUGUAAGCUCCAACGACUUCUCGAUCUCGUCAGGGCCGCUGAAGAAGACACGUCUUGAUGCGUCGAGGGGGAGAGAAACCGGCAGCGGGAUCUUGCAUCCGCGUAUUUCGACUGUCCCAUCCAUGUCUUCGCCAGAGUUCUUGGAAGAAGAUGGUUCGCCUAACCCUCGAAUCGUUCGAGCGGCCACCGAGCCGCCCUUGGUCUUGCCAGAGUUCAUGCCGGACCAGGAGCCCUUUCUUGACAUGGUCGACAGCAUCGACUGGAGUGCAACUCCCCUGGGACCCAUGGACCGAUGGCCAUCCCUGCUCCAUCAGUCGUACAGCCAAAUUUUGUGCAACUCCCAGCCUACGGCCAUCUACUGGGGCAGCAAGUUCACCACAGUAUACAACGAGGCCUAUGGGGAGAUGAUUGGAGCUCGUCACCCCGACUUGAUGGGCCAUUCCGUAACCGAGGUGUUCCCCGAGAUUGCAGAUCAACUCACAGAUAUGAUGAAAAAUCCCGGACAGAGCCGGCGGGCUAACAACGAAGAGGUGUUUCGGUUUUUUGUCAAGCAGCGCGACAGUCCGCCCCUGGAGACAUACCUGAAAUGGUCCAUUGUUCCCGUUGUGCAAAAUAACGAAUGUCUCGGCUUCAUCCACCUGAUAUCAGAUACGACGCUAUACCACCUGUUCCGCCGACGGAUCCAGAUGCUGGUGGAUAUGGGCGAGGAGCUGGGCACCGCCAAAGACGUCAAGUCGUACUGGAGCAAGCUGAUCGAAGAGCUUUCGGAAUGCGAUCCUGCAUAUGACAUACCGCUCGCUAUGUUGUACUCGAUCGCAUGCGAUGGUUCAUCGGACUCGGGAAGCGAGCCGCGACACGAGUGUAACCAUGUUUGUCGCCUGGAGGGCGCCCUUGGGGUUCCGGAAAAUCAUCCCAUCAUGCCCGAAACCCUUCGACUUAAAGAAACCGACGCAGGCCUAGCGCCACAGUUCCGAGCCGCCCUGCGCAGUCAGGGACCACUGAUAAUCAGCACAUCAGACGGCAGUCUAUCAAAAGAGCUACUGAAUGGCUUGCAGUGGCGUGGUUUUGGCGAUGCCUGCGAGGCCGCCAUCGUCCUGCCCAUCCGACCCACGAAGGAGGAGGAGGUUAUGGGGCUCCUGGUGUUGGGCCUCAAUCCUCGACGGCCUUAUGACGAUGCCUACACUCUCUACAUCCAACUCCUUGCACAGAAGCUGGCAACAUCGCUGGCAUGCACGGUCUUACUGGAAGAAGAAAGGCGCCGGGGAAGAAAUGCAGCUGAACAAGCUGCCUACGACCAGGCCAUGCUGAAGGAAAAGCUUGCAUAUCAGACGAAGGAAGCAACGGAGUACACACGGCUGUUCCAGUCAGUUUCCGACUUCAUACCUAACGGUUUCUCGAUUGGUGAUCACCAGGGAAACAUUACCUUUGCCAACAGCCUUUGGUACCGUAUAACAGGAUAUCCUGAUGCCAGCGCUAAGGACAGGGGCUCUUUCUCUUGCGUGUUGGAGGCAGAUCGAGAGAAGAUCCGUGAGGCGUACAAAGAGCUGCGGACAAAGGAUGAGGUUGAGUUCGAGUUCCGUGUGCGAGGGACUGAACAUACCAAUAACAUGUUAGCACGGAGAUCCCCCUUCAAAGCCGACUUGUAUGGCGACCUGGACGAUGACUUGGAGCGACAUGUCAUGGCGCAGGCCAGGGCAGAACGAGCAACAGAUGGGACCAUCAUUCGAACUUUUACUUGCCUUACUGAUAUCACCGCCCACAAGCGGACUGCCGACGAAGCCACUCGAAGAGCCCAACAAGCGGAGAAUCUGAAGAGAAUGGCCGAGCUUGCCACUGUCGGGAUGUUUGAUAUGGAUACCGGAGGACGCCUUCUCGGCGCAAACAACGUCUUUUUCGAAUUGUGUGGGAUAAACAAGGUGGACCCAAUGCAGCACGAGGUGCGGCCGUGGGAGCUCUCGGUGGUCCAGGACGACCUUCCGAAUUUGAGUGAGAGCGUGACCCGGCUGGUGUCGGAGAAGAAGCCUCAGACGGCCGAGAUUCGUCUCAAGACCACAUGGACGGCCGAAGACGCUGGAGGGAACCAGAUCACAGCGCCGAGAUGGGUGAACGCGACGCUGAUGCCGGUCUGCAACUCGGACGGCAUCGUCCAAUCGUUCACUGGCUGUGUCAGCGACGUCUCGUUACAGAAAUGGCAACUCGAACUGGAGACACAACGGACCGAAGAAGCGAUCGACUCGAAGCGGCAACAGGACAACUUCAUCGACAUGACGUCUCACGAGAUGCGCAAUCCGCUCAGCGCCAUUGUCCAUUGCUCCGAUGCCAUAAUUGCCUCUCUCGCGAGAUGCGAGGAGCUCGUCAAUCAGCCACCCGGUCCGAAGGUCCCCACAGCAACCGAGGAGAACGGCGACAGACAUUUCGACGUGAAGCAGCUCCUCUCGGAUAGCAUCGAGAACGCCGAGACCAUUGUUGCUUGUGCUCAACACCAGAAAAGGAUCGUGGACGACAUUCUGACCAUGUCCAAGCUGGACUCGAAGCUCCUGGCCGUCACUCCCUGUACGGUCAACCCGGUGCAAAUUGGGGAAGAAGCCAUAAAGAUGUUCGAUGUGGAGGCACGCCGCGUCGACAUUGAUCUGAAGAUGACUGUCGACAAGUCAUACAAGGAACUUGGGCACGUCUAUCUCGACCUCGACCCGUCUCGCGUCAAGCAGGUGCUCAUCAACCUGCUCACAAACGCGCUCAAAUUCACAAAAUCGGGAUCCAUCAGAAACGUCUCGGUCUGCAUGAAGGCGUCCCGGGAACGGCCGACGGACGAAACGUCUCCGGUAACGUUCAUCCCCCGAUCCUGCAAGGAGGAGUCGGAGUAUGAGCAGCCUGCCCUCGACAGCCGCACAGAUCCGGUAUACAUCAUGUUCGAGGUCAAGGACACUGGCCAGGGUCUGUCCGAAGACGAGAAGUCCAACCUCUUCAAUCGGUUCGUACAGGCGAGCUCGCGGACCCAUGUCAAGUACGGCGGCUCGGGGCUCGGGCUAUUCAUCUCGCGGCGGUUGACGGAGCUGCAAAAGGGAGCCAUCGGCGUGGCCAGCUUGCCAGGAGUGGGAUCCACAUUCGCCUUCUUCAUCGAGGCAUACUUGCCGACGGAAGCGUCACGGAGGGAAGCCGAGUCUGCGGCCGCGGCCGUAAGGAUGACGACUCUGGCCACAGCGGCCAACACCCCACUCAGCGUCCCCCGUGCCAGGCCCCCCACGAAUGAGCAAAGGACACCUAGCUCGCGGCCGAAGCUCAAGAGCCACCACAGCCGACUUGAUGGCAUCCUGGUCGUGGAGGACAACCUAAUUAACCAGCAAAUCACUCGCCGAGGCCUCCAGGAUAGGGGGUACACCGUCGACGUGGCCAAUCACGGAAUCGAGGCCCUGGAGAGACUCAUGCAGUCCAUGGCUUUGCAACGCCACGAGGAGCAGGAGUACUUUACCCACAGCACGUCGAAUUCUCGGGGGCCACCCGUGUGUAUCAACAUGAUACUCAUGGACAUUGAAAUGCCGGUACAGGACGGUCUGACUUGCACACGGCGGAUCCGAGAACUGGAGCGCGAGGGGAGGGUGUUUUGUGGCAGCGGCGGAAGAAUUCCCAUCAUCGCCGUCAGCGCCAACGCGAGGCCAGAGCAGAUGCAAGACGCUAAGAACGCGGGGUGCGACGACGUGCUUGUCAAGCCCUAUCGGAUGCCGGAGCUCAUCGAGAAGAUGCAAGUGGUGGUCCGGCGGAUGGGAGGUCUCCUACUCGGCUCGCCUGUGCUGUAAG